CUCCUCGCAUUUCUGUCAACAGAAGUCAAGAAAACAAGAUCCAACGCGUUGGACCGAAGCCCUUGGCCUCGCUCCAGCUAUCCAAGGAACAUUGAGUGUGACGUUCUUCUCCACCGGGGUUUGAACACAAGACAAACAAAACAAGAUGGCCGAAGAGGAGGAAACCAGGGAAGUGCUCUUUCCAGACUGGGAAGGCCCGGACAAAACUGGACUGACCAUCGAGCAGACAUGUGAAGGAGAGAUCUUUGUCAAAGAAGUGAAAGGAGAGUCGCCUGCGGCACGGUCUGGGAAAGUAUACGAAGGUGACCAGAUUGUGGGCGCUACUAUCUAUUUUGACAACAUGAGCUCAGAAGAAACAGCUGAUCUUCUGAAGACACUGAACCGCCACAAGGUUGGACUGAAACUACAAAACAAAGGGGACAAAUCCCCAGGCUACUCGCCCCUGAGCACACCAUGUCGCUCGCCGUUGGGUACCUUGACAUGGGAGGGCAGGGUUGGAGGCGCCAGUCCUGACAUCAUUCUUGGAGGUGAUGAGGAGGACUACAAAAGGAUUUACACAAAGAAGAUCAAACCCAGGCUUAAGUCUGAAGAACUCGGAGACGGAGUGGAUGUGCGCACAGAACGGCACAGCAGCACAAGUAGUGACGGCAGCACAAUAACAACGAUCACCCGGCGUAUCACCACCUACACUGUGGACAUGCCGACUGGCAUCAGUGAGCAACUGGAGCUUUCAGGCCCAGAGUUCAAAGGGCAAAGGCAAGAAUCAGGGGCUGGCUCGCCUCAUUUAAAGUUGUCACAGGGCAGUCCUUCUGGUGACGGGGGAGCUGAAGGAGGGGUUUUCUCUUACAAACUAGGGGGAAACGCAAACACUGGUAGUGGGCAUGUUUCAAUGGGAGGUGUGGGAAGUAGUGAGGUAUUCACAACAGACAACGAAAACGGAGGGUCUGUACCAGAAAAAGGCAGGUCAAUUUUUGUGACAUCCAUAGGUAAGACACAGAUAGAUGAGGGGGCAAAGGUGAGGUUACCUGAAGUGACUGUCACUCACCCACAUGCAGAGGGAUCAGGCACCAUUCACAUUCCAAACGUCUCAAUGAGUGGAGGUUACACAAAUGCUGGAAGCGACUUAAAAGGUCCUUCUGGGAACGCCAAGUACACCAUGCAAACAAAAGUUACUGAGAGCAAAUAUGUUAAAGGUCCAGAAAUGACUAUUGAGGGGAAAAGGGGGGAUUUCAAAUCACCUCAGAUAAAUGUAACAUCAUUUGCAACGAAGGGGUCAACUUUUGAUGUGGCGACUCCAAAGAUAGAGGCAAAUACUGAAGGCCAAGAAAGAAAAGGUGCAAAGGUUAGUUUAAAUAUUACCAAAGCUAACGUUUCAGGACCGAGCAUUGACAUGCCAAAUGUGGAAUUAAAUCUAAAAAGCCCUGAACUCAAAGGUGACGUAGAUGUGUCAGUACCACAUAUUGAAGGCGGUAUAAAAGCUCCCAAAAUUGGUAUAAAAGGCUCAAAAGUUGACAUUAAGGGAUCGAAUACUGGAAUUGAAUUUCCAAAAAUGAAAAUGCCAGAAUUCGGUUUGAAAGGUUCAAAACAGGAGGGCCCAGACAUUCAUGCGGACCUUCCAAAGGCUAAUAUUAAGGUCAAAGUCCCAGAGGUUGAUAUUGAAGGCCCUGAGUUUGAUACUGAAGGACCAGAUGUUGACAUAGACAGUCAAGGUUGGAAGAUCAAAAGACCUGGAUUCAAGAUGCCGAAAACCUCUGGAAUCAAUGUCACCAUGCCAACUGUGGAUCUGAAAGGCUCUAAGUUCAAAGGUGGUGUGUCAGUACCAACUAUUGAGGGGGGUAUAAAAGUACCCAAAGGCGAUUUAGACAUCAAAGCCCCAAAAUUGGACAUCAGAGCGUCAGAUGUUGACAUUGACGUGGGUGGGAAAAUCAAGGGACCAAAAUUCCAGACGGGUAAAAUCACAGGACCAAGCAUCUCCACGCCCAAUGUGGAUUUACAUCUGAAAGAACCUAACGUCAAAGGUAAAGUAGAUGUGUCAUUACCAACUAUUGAGGGAGAUUUCAGAGCCCCAGAAAUUGAACUAAAAGGUGCCUACAUUGACGUUAAGGGGCCUAACACUGGAUUUGAUUUACCAAAAGUCAAAAUGCCAAAAUUUGGCUUAAAAGGUCCGAAAGUCGCUGGUCCGGAUGUCGAUAUAAACCUCCCCAAGGCUAAUAUUGAUGUCGGGAUACCUGAUGUUGACGUCCGAGGCCCAGAAUUUGAUAUGAAUCUCCCAAAAGGUGAUUUGGACCUCAAAGGUCCAAAAUUGGAUAUCGAAACACCAGAUGUUGACAUUGACAGUACCGGUUGGAAGAUUAAGGGACCUAAAUUAAAUAUGCCAAAAAUAUCUGGACCAAACAUCUCCAUGCCCGAUAUGGACUUCAAAUUGAAAGGUUCAAAAGUCAAAGGUGAUGUAAAUGUAUCCGUACCAACUGUUGAAGGAGCUAUCAAAGCACCAGAAGUUGAACUAAAAGGUGCCAAAGUUGACAUUAAGGGCCCUAACACUGGAUUUGAGUUACCGAAAUUUAAAAUGCCAGGAUUUGGUGUUAAAGGAUCUAAACUGGAGGGUCCAGACGUUGACAUAAACCUCCCCAAAGCUAAUAUUGAUGUCAAGGUUCCUGAUGUUGACAUUCGAGGCCCAGAAUUUGACAUCAAUCUGCCAAAAGCUGAUUUGGACAUUAAAGGUCCAAAAGUGGAUAUCGAAACACCAGAUGUUGACAUGGACAGUACCGGUUGGAAGAUUAAAGGACCUAAAUUAAAUAUGCCAAAAAUCUCAGCACCAAACAUCUCCAUGCCCAAUAUGGACUUCAAACUGAAAGGUCCGAAAGUCAAAGGUGAUGUAAAUGUCAAUGUACCAACUGUCGAAGGAGAAAUCAAAGCACCAGAAGUUGAACUAAAAGGUGCCAAAGUUGACAUUAAGGGCCCUAACACUGGAUUUGAGUUACCCAAAUUCAAAAUGCCAGGAUUUGGUGUUAAAGGACCUAAACUGGAGGGUCCAGACGUUGACAUAAACCUCCCCAAAGCUAAUAUAGAUGUCAAAGUCCCUGAUGUUGACAUUCAAGGCCCAGAAUUUGACAUCAAUCUGCCGAAAGCUGAUUUGGAUAUCAAAGGUCCAAAAUUGGAUAUCGAAACACCAGAUGUUGACAUGGACAGUACCGGUUGGAAAAUUAAAGGACCUAAAUUAAAUAUGCCAAAAAUCUCAGCACCAAACAUCUCCAUGCCCAAUAUGGACUUCAAACUGAAAGGUCCAAAAGUCAAAGGUGAUGUAAAUGUCUCUGUACCAACUGUCGAAGGAGAUAUCAAAGCACCAGAAGUUGAACUAAAAGGUGCCAAAGUUGACAUUAAGGGCCCUAACACUGGAUUUGAGUUGCCGAAAUUUAAAAUGCCAGGAUUUGGUGUUAAAGGACCUAAACUGGAGGGUCCAGACGUUGACAUAAACCUCCCCAAAGCUAAUAUUGAUGUCAAAGUCCCUGAUGUUGACAUUCAAGGCCCAGAAUUUGACAUCAAUCUGCCGAAAGCUGAUUUGGAUAUCAAAGGUCCAAAAUUGGAUAUCGAAACACCAGAUGUUAACAUGGACAGUACCGGUUGGAAGAUUAAAGGACCUAAAUUAAAUAUGCCAAAAAUCUCAGCACCAAACAUCUCCAUGCCCAAUAUGGACUUCAAACUGAAAGGUCCAAAAGUCAAGGGUGAUGUAAAUGUCUCUGUACCAACUGUUGAAGGAGAUAUCAAAGCACCAGAAGUUGAACUAAAAGGCGCCAAAGUUGACAUUAAGGGCCCUAACACUGGAUUUGAGUUGCCGAAAUUUAAAAUGCCAGGAUUUGGUGUUAAAGGACCUAAACUGGAGGGUCCAGACGUUGAUAUAAACAUCCCCAAAGCUAAUAUUGAUGUCAAAGUCCCUGAUGUUGACAUUCGAGGCCCAGAAUUUGACAUCAAUCUGCCAAAAGCUGAUUUGGACAUUAAAGGUCCAAAAGUGGAUAUCGAAACACCAGAUGUUAACAUGGACAGUACCGGUUGGAAGAUUAAAGGACCGAAAUUAAAUAUGCCAAAAAUCUCAGCACCAAACAUCUCCAUGCCCAAUAUGGACUUCAAACUGAAAGGUCCGAAAGUCAAAGGUGAUGUAAAUGUCUCUGUACCAACUGUCGAAGGAGAUAUCAAAGCACCAGAAGUUGAACUAAAAGGUGCCAAAGUUGACAUUAAGGGCCCUAACACUGGAUUUGAGUUACCCAAAUUCAAAAUGCCAGGAUUUGGUGUUAAAGGACCUAAACUGGAGGGUCCAGACGUUGACAUAAACCUCCCCAAAGCUAAUAUUGAUGUCAAAGUCCCUGAUGUUGACAUUCAAGGCCCAGCAUUUGACAUCAAUCUGCCGAAAGCUGAUUUGGAUAUCAAAGGUCCAAAAUUGGAUAUCGAAACACCAGAUGUUGACAUGGACAGUACCGGUUGGAAGAUUAAAGGACCUAAAUUAAAUAUGCCAAAAAUCUCAGCACCAAACAUCUCCAUGCCCAAUAUGGACUUCAAACUGAAAGGUCCGAAAGUCAAAGGUGAUGUAAAUGUCUCUGUACCAACUGUCGAAGGAGAUAUCAAAGCACCAGAACUUGAACUAAAAGGUGCCAAAGUUGACAUUAAGGGCCCAAACACUGGAUUUGAGUUACCGAAAUUUAAAAUGCCAGGAUUUGGUGUUAAAGGACCUAAACUGGAGGGUCCAGACGUUGACAUAAACCUCCCCAAAGCCAAUAUUGAUGUCAAAGUCCCUGAUGUUGACAUUCAAGGCCCAGAAUUUGACAUCAAUCUGCCGAAAGCUGAUUUGGAUAUCAAAGGUCCAAAAUUGGAUAUCGAAACACCAGAUGUUGACAUGGACAGUACCGGUUGGAAGAUUAAAGGACCUAAAUUAAAUAUGCCAAAAAUCUCAGCACCAAACAUCUCCAUGCCCAAUAUGGACUUCAAACUGAAAGGUCCGAAAGUCAAAGGUGAUGUAAAUGUCUCUGUACCAACUAUUGAAGGAGAUAUCAAAGCACCAGAAGUUGAACUAAAAGGUGCCAAAGUUGACAUUAAGGGCCCUAACACUGGAUUUGAGUUACCCAAAUUUAAAAUGCCAGGAUUUGGUGUUAAAGGACCUAAACUGGAGGGUCCAGACGUUGACAUAAACCUCCCCAAAGCUAAUAUUGAUGUCAAAGUCCCUGAUGUUGACAUUCAAGGCCCAGCAUUUGACAUCAAUCUGCCGAAAGCUGAUUUGGAUAUCAAAGGUCCAAAAUUGGAUAUCGAAACACCAGAUGUUGACAUGGACAGUACCGGUUGGAAGAUUAAAGGACCUAAAUUAAAUAUGCCAAAAAUCUCAGCACCAAACAUCUCCAUGCCCAAUAUGGACUUCAAACUGAAAGGUCCAAAAGUCAAAGGUGAUGUAAAUGUCUCUGUACCAACUGUCGAAGGAGAUAUCAAAGCACCAGAAGUUGGACUAAAAGGUGCCAAAGUUGACAUUAAGGGCCCAAACACUGGAUUUGAGUUACCCAAAUUUAAAAUGCCAGGAUUUGGCUUUAAAGGACCUAAACUUGAGGGUCCAGACGUUGACAUAAACCUCCCCAAGGCUAAUAUUGAUGUCAAAGUUCCUGAUGUUGGCAUUCAUGGUCCAGACGUUGAUAUUAAUCUGCCCAAAGCUGAUUUGGACAUAAAAGGUCCAAAAUUGGAUAUCGAAACACCAGAUGUUGACAUUGACAGUCCCGGUUGGAAGAUUAAGGGACCUAAAUUAAAUAUGCCAAAAAUAUCUGGACCAAACAUCUCCAUGCCCAAUAUGGACUUCAAACUGAAAGGCCCAAAGGUCAAAGGAGAUGUAGAUGUGUCAGUACCAACUAUUGAAGGAGAUAUAAAAGCACCAGGAUUGGAUAUUGAAGGUCCAAAAGCAGACUUGAAAGGACCUAAUAUUGGAUUUGAGUUACCGAAAUUUAAAAUGCCAGGAUUUGGCUUUAAAGGACCUAAACUGGAGGGUCCAGACGUUGACAUAAACCUCCCCAAGGCUAAUAUUGAUGUCAAAGUUCCUGAUGUUGGCAUUCACGGCCCAAAAGUUGAUAUCAAUCUGCCCAAAGCUGAUUUGGACAUCAAAGGUCCAAAAUUGGAUAUUGAAACACCAGAUGUUGACAUUGACAGUCCCGGUUGGAAGAUUAAGGGACCUAAAUUAAAUAUGCCAAAAAUAUCUGGACCAAACAUCUCCAUGCCCAAUAUGGACUUCAAACUGAAAGGCCCAAAGGUCAAAGGAGAUGUAGAUGUGUCAGUACCAACUAUUGAAGGAGAUAUAAAAGCACCAGGAUUGGAUAUUGAAGGUCCAAAAGCAGACUUGAAAGGACCUAAUAUUGGAUUUGAGUUACCGAAAUUUAAAAUGCCAGGAUUUGGCUUUAAAGGACCUAAACUGGAGGGUCCAGACGUUGACAUAAACCUCCCCAAGGCUAAUAUUGAUGUCAAAGUUCCUGAUGUUGGCAUUCACGGCCCAAAAGUUGAUAUCAAUCUGCCCAAAGCUGAUUUGGACAUCAAAGGUCCAAAAUUGGAUAUUGAAACACCAGAUGUUGACAUUGACAGUCCCGGUUGGAAGAUUAAGGGACCUAAAUUAAAUAUGCCAAAAAUAUCUGGACCAAACAUCUCCAUGCCCAAUAUGGACUUCAAACUGAAAGGCCCAAAGGUCAAAGGAGAUGUAGAUGUCUCUGUACCAACUAUUGAAGGAGAUCUAAAAGCACCAGGAUUGGAUAUCGAAGGUCCAAAAGCAGACUUCAAAGGACCCACAAUUGGUUUUGGAUUACCGAAAUUCAAAAUGCCAGAGUUUGGCUUCAAAGGACCUAAAAUUGAGGGUCCAGAUGUCGACAUAAACCUCCCCAAAGGUAAUAUUGAUGUCAAGGUUCCUGAUGUUGGCAUUGGAGGCCCAGAAGUUGAUAUCAAUCUGCCGAAAGCUGAUGUGGACAUCAAAGUUCCAAAAUUGGAUAUCGAAACACCUGAUGUUGACAUUGACAGUCCCGGUUGGAAGAUAAAGGGACCUAAAUUAAAGAUGCCAAAAGUCUCAGGACCAAACAUCUCCAUGCCCAAUGUGGACUUACAUCUGAAAGGCCCAAAGGUCAAAGGAGAUGUAGAUGUGUCAGUACCAACUAUUGAAGGAGAUAUCAAAGCACCAGAAAUUGAUAUUAAAGGCCCAAGUGCUGACAUUAAGGGGCAUGUUGACAUCCCUAGUCCUACUGGUAAGGUCAAAGGACAUAAAUUUAAGAUGCCAAAACUUACAGGACCUCACAUAUCUCUGCCAGAUGUGAAUUUCAAUCUGAAAGGCCCAAAAGUCAAAGGUGAUGUAGAUGUGUCAGUACCAAACAUCGAGGGAGACAUAAAAGCACCAGAACUUGAUAUCAAAGGCAAAAAAGUUGAUGUGAAAGGUCCUUCAAUUGGUUUUGGAUUACCUAAAUUCAAAAUGCCAGAAUUUGGAUUUAAAAGCCCAAAACCGGAGGGUGCUGAAGUUGCUGUGAAACUUCCAAAGAGUGAUAUUUCCAUCAAGGUCCCCGACGUUGACAUUGAAGCUCCAAAAAUGGAUAUCAAAGGACCAGAUUUUGACAUAGACACUCCAAGUGGCAAGAUCAAAGGACCAAAAUUCAAAAUGCCAAAAAUCUCAGGCCCACAUAUCUCCAUGCCCGAUGUGGAUUUCAAUAUGAAGGGUCCUAAACUCAAAGGUGAUGUAGAUGUUUCGGUGCCAACAAUUGAAGGAGAUAUCAAAGCACCAGGAUUUGACAUAAAAGGCCCAAAUGUUGACAUUAAGGGGCAUAAGGCUGGAUUUGAACUACCAAAAAUGAAAAUGCCAGAUUUCGGCUUCAAAGGUCCGAAACUAGAGGGGCCUGACAUUGAUGUCAACCUUCCAAAGGCUAAUAUUGAUGUCAAUGUGCCUGAUGUUGAUAUUCAAGGUCCAGGAAUUGAUAUCAAUCUGCCGAAAGCUGAUUUGGACAUCAAAGGUCCUAAAGUGGACAUUGAAGGACCAGAUAUCGACAGUCCCAGUUGGAAGCUCAAGGGGCCUAACAUUAAGAUGCCAAAAAUAUCAGGCCCCAACAUCACCAUGCCAAACCUAGACUUCCAUCUUAAAGGCCCAAAACUCAAAGGUGAUGUAGAUGUGUCAGUACCAACUAUUGAAGGAGAUAUCAACGCACCAGGAAUUGACAUAAAAGGCCCAAAAGUUGACAUUAAGGGGCCUAAAGCUGGAUUUGAAUUACCAAAAAUGAAAAUGCCAGAUUUCGGCUUCAAGGGUCCAAAACUAGAGGGUCCUGACAUCGACGUCAACCUUCCAGAGGCUAAUAUUGAUGUCAAUCUUCCAAAAGCUGAUUUGGACAUCAAAGGUCCUAAAGUGGACAUUGAAGGACCAGAUAUCGACAGUCCCAGUUGGAAGCUCAAGGGGCCUAACUUUAAGAUGCCAAAAAUAUCAGGCCCCAACAUCACCAUGCCAAACCUAGACUUCCAUCUUAAAGGCCCAAAGGUCAAAGGUGAUGUAGAUGUGUCAGUACCAACUAUUGAAGGAGAUAUCAACGCACCAGGAAUUGACAUAAAAGGCCCAAAAGUUGACAUUAAGGGGCCUAAAGCUGGAUUUGAAUUACCAAAAAUGAAAAUGCCAGAUUUCGGCUUCAAGGGUCCAAAACUAGAGGGUCCUGACAUCGACGUCAACCUUCCAGAGGCUAAUAUUGAUGUCAAUCUUCCAAAAGCUGAUUUGGACAUCAAAGGUCCUAAAGUGGACAUUGAAGGACCAGAUAUCGACAGUCCCAGUUGGAAGCUCAAGGGGCCUAACUUUAAGAUGCCAAAAAUAUCAGGCCCCAACAUCACCAUGCCAAACCUAGACUUCCAUCUUAAAGGCCCAAAGGUCAAAGGUGAUGUAGAUGUGUCAGUACCAACUAUUGAAGGAGAUAUCAACGCACCAGGAAUUGACAUAAAAGGCCCAAAAGUUGACAUUAAGGGCCCUAAAGCUGGAUUUGAAUUACCAAAAAUGAAAAUGCCAGAUUUCGGCUUCAAGGGUCCAAAACUAGAGGGUCCUGACAUCGACGUCAACCUUCCAGAGGCUAAUAUUGAUGUCAAUCUUCCAAAAGCCGAUUUGGACAUCAAAGGCCCUAAAGUGGACAUUGAAGGACCAGAUAUCGACAGUCCCAGUUGGAAGCUUAAGGGGCCUAACUUUAAGAUGCCAAAAAUAUCAGGCCCCAACAUCACCAUGCCAAACCUAGACUUCCAUCUUAAAGGCCCAAAGGUCAAAGGUGAUGUAGACGUGUCAGUACCAACUAUUGAAGGAGAUAUCAACGCACCAGGAAUUGACAUAAAAGGCCCAAAAGUUGACAUUAAGGGGCCUAAAGCUGGAUUUGAAUUACCAAAAAUGAAAAUGCCAGAUUUUGGCUUCAAGGGUCCAAAACUAGAGGGUCCUGACAUCGACGUCAACCUUCCAGAGGCUAAUAUUGAUGUCAAUCUUCCAAAAGCUGAUUUGGACAUCAAAGGUCCUAAAGUGGACAUUGAAGGACCAGAUAUCGACAGUCCCAGUUGGAAGCUCAAGGGGCCUAACUUUAAGAUGCCAAAAAUAUCAGGCCCCAACAUCACCAUGCCAAACCUAGACUUCCAUCUUAAAGGCCCAAAGGUCAAAGGUGAUGUAGACGUGUCAGUACCAACUAUUGAAGGAGAUAUCAACGCACCAGGAAUUGACAUAAAAGGCCCAAAAGUUGACAUUAAGGGGCCUAAAGCUGGAUUUGAAUUACCAAAAAUGAAAAUGCCCCAAUUUGGUUUCAAAGGUUCAAAAAUCGAAGGUCCGGACAUUGAUGUGGACCUUCCUCAGGGUAAUAUUGAUGUCAAGGUUCCUGCGGUUGAUGUCAGUCUUCCAAAAGCUGAUUUGGAUAUCAAAGGCCCUAAGGUGGACAUUCAAGGACCAGACAUUGACAGUUCCAGUUGGAAGUUUAAAGGACCUAAUUUUAAGAUGCCAAAAAUCUCAGGCCCAAGCAUAUCCAUGCCAGAUGUGGAUUUCAAUAUGAAAAGCCCUAAACUCAAAGGUGAUGUAGAUGUGUCAGUGCCAACAAUUGAAGGAGAUAUCAAAGCACCAGGAAUUGACAUAAAAGCCCCAAAAGUUGACAUUAAGGGGCCUAAAGCUGGAUUUGAAUUACCAAAAAUGAAAAUGCCAGAUUUCGGCUUCAAGGGUCCAAAACUAGAGGGUCCUGACAUCGACGUCAACCUUCCAGAGGCUAAUAUUGAUGUCAAUCUUCCAAAAGCUGAUUUGGACAUCAAAGGUCCUAAAGUGGACAUUGAAGGACCAGAUAUCGACAGUCCCAGUUGGAAGCUCAAGGGGCCUAACUUUAAGAUGCCAAAAAUAUCAGGCCCCAACAUCACCAUGCCAAACCUAGACUUCCAUCUUAAAGGCCCAAAACUCAAAGGUGAUGUAGAUGUGUCAGUGCCAACUAUUGAAGGAGAUAUCAACGCACCAGGAAUUGACAUAAAAGGCCCAAAAGUUGACAUUAAGGGGCCUAAAGCUGGAUUUGAACUACCAAAAAUGAAAAUGCCCCAAUUUGGUUUCAAAGGUUCAAAAAUCGAAGGUCCAGACAUUGAUGUGGACCUUCCUCAGGGUAAUAUUGAUGUCAAGGUUCCUGCGGUUGAUGUCAGUCUUCCAAAAGCUGAUUUGGACAUCAAAGGCCCUAAGGUGGACAUUCAAGGACCAGACAUUGACAGUCCCAGUUGGAAGUUUAAAGGACCUAAUUUUAAGAUGCCAAAAAUCUCAGGCCCAAGCAUAUCCAUGCCAGAUGUGGACUUCAAUAUGAAAAGCCCUAAACUCAAAGGUGAUGUAGAUGUGUCUGUGCCAACUAUUGAAGGAGAUAUCAACGCACCAGGAAUUGACAUAAAAGGCCCAAAAGUUGACAUUAAGGGGCCUAAAGCUGGAUUUGAAUUACCAAAAAUGAAAAUGCCAGAUUUUGGCUUCAAGGGUCCAAAACUAGAGGGUCCUGACAUCGAUGUCAACCUUCCAGAGGCUAAUAUUGAUGUCAAUCUUCCAAAAGCUGAUUUGGACAUCAAAGGUGCUAAAGUGGACGUUGAAGGACCAGAUAUCGACAGUCCCAGUUGGAAGCUCAAGGGGCCUAACUUUAAGAUGCCAAAAAUAUCAGGCCCCAACAUCACCAUGCCAAACCUAGACUUCCAUCUUAAAGGCCCAAAACUCAAAGGUGAUGUAGAUGUGUCAGUACCAACUAUUGAAGGAGAUCUCAACGCACCAGGAAUUGACAUAAAAGGCCCAAAAGUUGACAUUAAGGGGCCUAAAGCUGGAUUUGAAUUACCAAAAAUGAAAAUGCCCCAAUUUGGUUUCAAAGGUUCAAAAAUAGAAGGUCCGGAUAUUGAUGUGGACCUUCCUCAGGCUGAUUUGGACAUCAAAGGCCCUAAGGUGGACAUUCAAGGACCAGACAUUGACAGUCCCAGUUGGAAGUUUAAAGGACCUAAUUUUAAGAUGCCAAAAAUCUCAGGCCCAAGCAUAUCCAUGCCAGAUGUGGAUUUCAAUAUGAAAAGCCCUAAACUCAAAGGUGAUGUAGAUGUGUCAGUGCCAACAAUUGAAGGAGAUAUCAACGCUCCCGGAAUUGACAUAAAAGGCCCAAAAGUUGACAUUAAGGGGCCUAAAGCUGGAUUUGAAUUACCAAAAAUGAAAAUGCCAGAUUUCGGCUUCAAGGGUCCUAAACUAGAGGGCCCUGACAUUGACGUCAACCUUCCAAAGGCUAAUAUUGAUGUAAAUCUUCCAAAAGCCGAUUUGGACAUCAAAGGCCCUAAAGUGGACAUUGAAGGACCAGAUAUCGACAGUCCCAGUUGGAAGCUCAAGGGGCCUAACUUUAAGAUGCCUAAAAUAUCAGGCCCCAACAUCACCAUGCCAAACCUAGACUUCCAUCUUAAAGGCCCAAAACUUAAAGGUGAUGUAGAUGUGUCAGUACCAACUAUUGAAGGAGAAAUAAACGCACCAGAAGUGGAUAUCAAAGGCCCAAAAGUUGACGUCAAGGGGCCUAAGGCUGGAUUUGAAUUACCAAAAAUGAAAAUGCCAGAUUUCGGCUUCAAGGGUCCAAAACUAGAAGGUCCUGACAUUGACCUCAACCUUCCAGAGGCUAAUAUUGAUGUCAAUCUUCCUAAAGCCGAUUUGGACAUCAAAGGCCCUAAAGUGGACAUUGAAGGACCAGAUAUCGACAGUCCCAGUUGGAAGCUAAAGGGGCCUAACUUUAAGAUGCCAAAAAUAUCAGGCCCCAACAUCACCAUGCCAAACCUAGACUUCAAUCUUAAAGGCCCAAAACUCAAAGGUGAUGUAGAUGUGUCAGUGCCAACAAUUGAAGGAGAUAUCAACGCACCAGGAAUUGACAUAAAAGGCCCAAAAGUUGACAUUAAGGGGCCUAAAGCUGGAUUUGAAUUACCAAAAAUGAAAAUGCCAGAUUUCGGCUUCAAGGGUCCAAAACUAGAGGGCCCUGACAUUGACAUUAAAGGCCCUAAUGUUGAUGUCAAUCUUCCAAAAGCUGAUUUGGACAUCAAAGGUCCUAAAGUGGACAUUGAAGGACCAGAUAUCGACAGUCCCAGUUGGAAGCUCAAGGGGCCUAACUUUAAGAUGCCAAAAAUAUCAGGCCCCAACAUCACCAUGCCAAACCUAGACUUCCAUCUUAAAGGCCCAAAGGUCAAAUGUGAUGUAGAUGUGUCAGUACCAACUAUUGAAGGAGAUAUCAACGCACCAGGAAUUGACAUAAAAGGCCCAAAAGUUGACAUUAAGGGGCCUAAAGCUGGAUUUGAAUUACCAAAAAUGAAAAUGCCCCAAUUUGGUUUCAAAGGUUCAAAAAUCGAAGGUCCGGACAUUGAUGUGGACCUUCCUCAGGGUAAUAUUGAUGUCAAGGUUCCUGAGGUUGAUGUCAGUCUUCCAAAAGCUGAUUUGGACAUCAAAGGCCCUAAGGUGGACAUUCAAGGACCAGAUAUUGACAGUCCCAGUUGGAAGUUUAAAGGACCUAAUUUUAAGAUGCCAAAAAUCUCAGGACCAAACAUCUCCAUGCCAGAUGUGGAUUUUGAUAUGAAAGGCCCUAACCUCAAAGGUGAUGUAAAUGUUUCGGUGCCAACAAUUAAAGGAGAUAUCAAAGCACCAGGACUUGAUAUAAAAGGCCCAAAUGUUGACAUUAAGGGGCCUAAGGCUGGAUUUGAAUUGCCAAAAAUGAAAAUGCCAGAUUUUGGCUUCAAGGGUCCAAAACUAGAGGGCCCUGACAUUGACAUUAAAGGCCCUAAUGUUGAUGUCAAUCUUCCAAAAGCUGAUUUGGACAUCAAAGGUCCUAAAGUGGACAUUGAAGGACCAGAUAUCGACAGUCCCAGUUGGAAGCUCAAGGGGCCUAACAUUAAGAUGCCAAAAAUAUCAGGCCCCAACAUCACCAUGCCAAACCUAGACUUCCAUCUUAAAGGCCCAAAACUUAAAGGUGAUGUAGAUGUGUCAGUACCAACUAUUGAAGGAGAAAUAAACGCACCAGAAGUGGAUAUCAAAGGCCCAAAAGUUGACAUCAAGGGACCAAAGACAGGAUUCGAAUUACCAAAAAUAAAAAUGCCCCAAUUUGGUUUAAAAGGUACAAAGCUUGAAGGUCCGGACAUUGAUGUGGACCUUCCUCGGGCUAAUAUUGAUGUGAAUGUCCCUGGGGUUGAUAUCAGUCUUCCAAAAACUGAUUUGGACAUCAAAGGACCAAAUGUUGACAUUGACAGUGGUAAGAUCAAGGGGCCAAAAAUGAAGAUGCCAAAACUUUCAGGACCAAACAUCACUUUGCCAGAUGUGGAUUUUCAUCUAAAAGGUCCUAAAGGCAAAGAUGGUGACCUAAGCCUCCCAAAAUUCAAGGGUGACAUUGAAGGAAACAUUCAAUUACCAAAAGCUGAACUUGACGUCGCAGAUGUCACGCUUGAAGUUCCUGAAAUCGGCGGUAAGAAAUCGAAAUUUAAAAUGCCAAAGUUUGGAUUCCGGGGUCCAAAGAAAGGUAAAGUUGAUAUAAAAGUACCAGGCGCUGCUGUAAAAGGUCCCAAGUUGGAGACUCCUGAUGUUAACAUUAAACUACCUAAGGCAAAUGUUGAUGUUGACAUUGACAGUCCCAGCAGUAAGAUCAAAGGACCAAAAUUCAAGAUGCCAGAUGUGGACUUCCAUCUGAAAGGCCCUAAAAUUACAGGUGAUUUGAACAUGUCAGUACCAAAUAUUGAGGGAGAUAUCAAAGGACCCUCAAUUGAUAUCAAAGGUCCAGAAGGUGACAUCAAAGGACCUAGUGCUGGAUUUGAAAUGCCAAAAUUCAAGAUGCCACAAUUUGGAUUUAAAGGUUCACAAUUGCAGGGUCCUGACAUUGAUAUAGACCUUCCCAAAGCUAAUAUUAAUGCUAAGAUCCCUGAGGUUGGCCUUCAAGGCCCUGAAUUUGAUGUCAGUCUUCCGAAAGCUGAUUUGAACAUCAAAAGCCCUAAGGUAGACAUCCAAGGACCAGAUGUUGACAUGGACAGUCCCAGUUGGAAACUCAAGGGGCCUAAUUUUAAGAUGCCAAAAAUCUCAGGCCCAAGCAUAUCCAUGCCAGAUGUGGAUUUCAAUAUGAAAAGCCCUAAACUCAAAGGUGAUGUAGAUGUGUCAGUGCCAACAUUUGAAGGAGAUAUCAAAGCACCAGGAAUUGAUAUAAAAGGCCCAAAUGUUGACAUUAAGGGGCAUAAGGGUGGAUUUGAAUUACCAAAAAUGAAAAUGCCAGGUUUUGGUUUCAAGGGUCCAAAACUAGAGGGCCCUGACAUUGACGUCAACCUUCCAAAGGCUAAUAUUGAUGUCAAGGUCCCUAACGUUGAUGUCAAUCUUCCAAAAGCUGAUUUGGACAUCAAAGGCCCUAAAGUGGACAUUCAAGGACCAGAUGUUGACAUGGACAGUCCGAGUUGGAAACUCAAGGGACCUAAUUUUAAGAUGCCAAAAAUCUCAGGCCCAAGCAUAUCCAUGCCAGAUGUGGAUUUCAAUAUGAAAAGCCCUAAACUCAAAGGUGAUAUAGAUGUGUCAGUGCCAACAUUUGAAGGAGAUAUCAAAGCACCAGGAAUUGACAUAAAAGGCCCAAAUGUUGACAUUAAGGGGCAUAAGGGUGGAUUUGAAUUACCAAAAAUGAAAAUGCCAGGUUUUGGCUUCAAGGGUCCAAAACUAGAGGGUCCUGACAUCGACGUCAACCUUCCAGAGGCUAAUAUUGAUGUCAAGGUCCCUAACGUUGAUGUCAAUCUUCCAAAAGCUGAUUUAGACAUCAAAGGCCCUAAAGUGGACAUUCAAGGACCAGAUGUUGACAUGGACAGUCCGAGUUGGAAACUCAAAGGGCCUAAUUUUAAGAUGCCCAAAAUAUCAGGCCCAAGCAUAUCCAUGCCAGAUGUGGAUUUCAAUAUGAGAGGCCCUAAACUCAAAGGUGAUGUAGAUGUGUCAGUGCCAACAUUUGAAGGAGAUAUCAAAGCACCAGGAAUUGACAUAAAAGGCCCAAAUGUUGACAUUAAGGGGCAUAAGGGUGGAUUUGAAUUACCAAAAAUGAAAAUGCCAGGUUUUGGCUUCAAGGGUCCAAAACUAGAGGGCCCUGACAUUGACGUCAACCUUCCAAAGGCUAAUAUUGAUGUCAAGGUCCCUAACGUUGAUGUCAAUCUUCCAAAAGCUGAUUUGGACAUCAAAGGCCCUAAAGUGGACAUUCAAGGACCAGAUGUUGACAUGGACAGUCCGAGUUGGAAACUCAAAGGGCCUAAUUUUAAGAUGCCCAAAAUAUCAGGCCCAAGCAUAUCCAUGCCAGAUGUGGAUUUCAAUAUGAGAGGCCCUACACUCAAAGGUGAUGUAGAUGUGUCAGUGCCAUCAUUUGAAGGAGAUAUCAACGCACCAGGAAUUGAUAUAAAAGGCCCAAAUGUUGACAUUAAGGGGCAUAAGGGUGGAUUUGAAUUACCAAAAAUGAAAAUGCCAGGUUUUGGCUUCAAGGGUCCAAAACUAGAGGGCCCUGACAUUGACGUCAACCUUCCAAAGGCUAAUAUUGAUGUCAAGGUCCCUAACGUUGAUGUCAAUCUUCCAAAAGCUGAUUUGGACAUCAAAGGCCCUAAAGUGGACAUUCAAGGACCAGAUGUUGACAUGGACAGUCCGAGUUGGAAGAUAAAGGGACCAAAUUUUAAGAUGCCAAAAAUCUCAGGUCCAAAUAUCUCCAUGCCCGAUGUAAAUUUUAAUAUGAAAGGCCCUAAACUCAAAGGUGAUGUAGAUGUGUCAGUUCCAACAAUGAAAGGAGAUAUCGAAGCACCAGGAAUUGAUAUAAAAGGCCCAAAUGUCGACAUUAAGGGGCAUAAGUCUGGAUUUGGAUUACCCAAAAUGAAAAUGCCAGAGUUCGGCUUCAAGGGUCCAAAACUGGAGGGUCCUGACAUUGACGUCAACCUUCCAAAGGCUAAUAUUGAUAUCAAGGUCCCAGAGGUUGACAUUAAAGGCCCUAAUGUUGAUGUCAGUCUUCCAAAAGCUGAUUUGGAUAUCAAAGGACCAAAAGUGGACAUUGAAGGACCAGAUGUUGACAUCAACAGUCCCAGUUGGAAGCUCAAGGGACCUAAUAUAAAAAUGCCAAAAAUCUCAGGGCCCAACAUCAGUAUGCCAAAUCUGGACUUCAAUCUUAAAGGCCCAAAACUCAAAGGUGAUGUAGAUGUGUCAGUACCAACUUUUGAAGGAGAUAUAAAUACACCAGAAGUGGAUAUCAAAGGCCCAAAGAUUGACAUUGAGGGAUCGAAGACAGGAUUUGAACUUCCAAGUAUAAAAAUGCCACAAUUUGGUUUCAAAGGUUCAAAUGUCAAGGGUCCAGGUAUUGAUGUCAAAGUCCCUGAGGUUGGCCUUAAAGGCCCUGAAUUUGAUGUCAGUCUUCCGAAAGGUAACUUGGACAUUAAAGGCCCCAAAGUGGACAUCCAAGGACCGGAUGUUGACAUGGACAGUCCCAGUUGGAAAAUCAAGGGACCAAAAUUCAAGAUGCCAAAAAUCACAGGACCAAACAUAUCGAUGCCCGAUGUGGAUUUUAAUAUGGAAGGCCCCAAACUCAAGGGUGAUUUAGAUGUGUCCGUACCAAACAUAGAAGGGGACAUAAAAGUACCAGCAGUGGAUGUCAAAGGUCCAAAGGUUCAAAUUGAGAACCCUACGACUGGAAUUUCCUUUCCAAAAUUUAAAAUGCCUGAAUUUGGCUUUAAAAGUCCAAAUCUGGAAGGUCCGGACAUUGACGUCAAACUUCCAAAGGCUGAUAUUGAUAUCAAGGUUCCAAAGGUCGACAUAGAAGGACCAGAUGUUGACAUUGGCAGCCCGAGUGGUAAUAUCAAGGGACCUAAAUUAAAGCUCCCAGGAGGAAAGAUCACGAUGCCAAAAGUUGAUUUAAAUGUGAAAAAUCCUGGCCUCAAAGGUAGUAUGGAUGUGACAGCACCACAUUUUGGUGGAAAAAUAAAAACACCAGAAUUGGACUUAAAAAGUCCAAGAGUUGACAUCAAAGGCUCCAGGGGUGAAUUUGAAGGUCCCAGUAUCAAAGGAAAUGUGGAUGCUUCCUAUCCUGAUGUAGAUGUUAACAUCAAAGGGAAAAAGGGUAAAUUCAAACUUCCUAAAGUCACAGGAAAGGGAAAGAAAUCACAUUUUGAGACCGAAACACCAACAAUUGACGUAGAUGUAGAUACACCUAAAAUUAAUGUCCACGGAACAAAAGUUAAAAAGCCACUGUUUGGUAAGCUACAUUUUCCUGAUGUGGAAUUUGAUAUCAAAUCCCCAAAAGUGAAAGGUGAUGGAUCUUUAUCCGAGGAGCUGAAAUCCCCCAACAUUGGCUUACAUGGUUCUGUUAGCAACAGUCAGGACUUUACCCUUGAAGGCUCAGAUGUGACAUUAAAAACACCCCAGAUCAGAAUGUCAGGCUUUGAAUCCGACAGCGCCAUCGGUGGCCUUCGAUAUCCAGAGGGUACAGUGAAAUUUCCAAAGCUCAAGUUCCCAAGGUUCGGUUUUAGUCUGCCCCACUUUGAGGACCAGGCGGGCGGUGGAAAGGUUGCGGCUAGUGGAGAGCUUCACGGCUCACAGAGCAUCACAGCUUCUAGUCCGGAAAUAAGGCAAAGUGAAGGAAAAAUAAAGGUUAAGAUACCAAAUUUUUUUGGAAAAUCAAAAGCAAAGGGCCGGAGUGCAGGUGAUCUUCGGGGAUCAGAGGCAGAACUGAGUACAGGUGGAAAAGGCAAGGUCUCGAAAGAAUUCAGUGUACAUAGUGUAGAGGGGAAGUUACAUUUAGAGGGUGAUGCUGGACUCAGUGUUUCGCCCAAAAGCAAGUCUGCGUCACUGGAUCUUUACAAAAAGUCAAGGCAUCGCUCUUCGAGCGAUGAGGGUGGGCUCUCAGUUCGUUCCCCUUCGGGACACCUCGAAGCGGAGGGCGCUGAUAUUUCACUUGACCUUAAAGAAACAAAGAUCAAAGGAAAGAAAGGCAAGUUGAAGUUUGGCACCUUUGGGGGUCUGGGUUCCAAGUCCAAGGGCUCGUAUGAAGUGACGUACGGUGAGGGUAGUGCAGAGGGAGUGGAGGGAAGCGCGGGCGUGUCGUUGACCACGCCCAAAUCGAGGCUGUCGUCGACGUCGUCGUCGUCCAGCAGUGACAUUGGGGCAAAGGGUGCGUUCAAAUUACCUAAAAUUGAACUCUCUGUAUCACCAAAAGACGAAUAAUCAAUUGAUCAACUAAAUAUGUUCUUUCCGUACGGGAAAUACGUCAAAGCCAGAGAGAAAAUGAAUACAAGUCAUCUCAUAAGCGACAUAGGAGAACGUACAAAGCCCCGUCAAAACUGUAAAUAAGAUCAAAAUGUAUUAAUAGAUAUUGUUUUUUGUACAUAGUCAAGAUUUAUUGAGCAUAUACCAUCAAAUGACUUCAUUACGGUUAUUUUGUCCUGUUUCAUUCAAUUAAAACGUGUUCAUAAAUGGUUGUGGUAUAUUUCUACACAGGGUCUGUUCCACAGAACAGAUAGUCGUCGUUUGAAGGAAAGUCUUGUCCGUACAUUUAUAAACAGUUUUACUUCAACGCUUGGAUUUUUGUGUAAUCGGCGCAGAAACAUUUCUCCCAUCCAAAACCGGCCCCUGUAUAACAUAUGCUUUUAUUGUGAAGAUGUUUAAUCCGUCGUAAUUGCACAGACAGUCACUAUGUUUAGAAACUCAUGUAUUUUUCUGCACACUUUGUCGUCCUUCAAAAGUUUUAUCCACAUUUCGUCUGUUUUUUUUUUUUUUUCCCCCAUUCUAAUCUGUUUUAUUGUAUUGUUCUGGUCGCAUCUACUCCCAUCACGCAAAUAAAAAUGAAAUGAAAUGUCAUUGUUGGUGUUCAUACAUUUAUCAUAUCUGUGAUCAGAAUUGUUUUAUCUUCCAUUUUGUGUGCAUUCUGUCCGAUAAACUAAAUAAAUUGUAUAGAAUUACUGGA